AGAGCUGAGAGUGUGUGUCGCUCCAUGUGCAUGUUUUAAUUACACAGAGAGAGAGAGACACAGACAGACAGACAGACAGACAGGCAGGCAGACAGACAGGCAGGCAGGCCAGUCUUUCACUGACUGACUGGAGGAGCCGAGCCGCAGUUUCACAUCCGAGGGACUCACCGGGCGCGGGGGAGAGUUUACCGGAGCAGACCGGCGGGUUCGAGGAGUUUUGAGCGGGAUCCGACCUGACAUCAGACCGGGAGGAGACGGGACUCCGCUCCGGUGUCCGCGGCAGGAUGAACAGUCUCCCCUAAACGUCCCCUCAGCAUGACAUCAUCAGGCCCCUCCCCCUCCUCCCCCUCCUCCUCCUCCCUCCCCCCCCACCGCUGUCAUCAUCCUCAUCCUCACGUCUCGUUCUGGAUUGGUCCGUCCUCCCUGUGGCCCCGCCUCCUGCUGUCUCUCUGGCUCUGGAUUGGUGGACCGCCAGUCCAGGUGAGCGCCGCCCCCCACCAGCACUUCCACCCCCACUCCAUAAAGCUGGCCGGUGACAUCACCCUGGGGGGGCUGUUCCCCAUCCACUCGCGCGGGCCCCACGGCCUUCCCUGCGGCGAGCUGAAGAAGGAGAAGGGCGUACACCGUAUGGAGGCCAUGCUGUACGCGCUGGAUCAGAUCAACAGUGACCCGGAGCUGCUGCCCAACAUCACGCUGGGCGCCCGCAUCCUGGACACGUGCUCGCGGGACACGUACGCCCUGGAGCAGUCGCUCACCUUCGUCCAGGCGCUGAUCCAGAAAGACACGUCCGACAUCCGCUGCUCCAACGGAGAGCCGCCCAUCAUCCGAAAACCAGAGAGGGUGGUGGGAGUGAUCGGCGCGUCGGCCAGCUCCGUGUCCAUCAUGGUGGCCAACAUCCUCAGACUGUUUGAGAUCCCUCAGGUGAGCUAUGCAUCGACGGCUCCGGAGCUCAGCGAUAACAACCGGUACGACUUCUUCUCCCGGGUGGUUCCUCCGGACUCGUACCAGGCUCAGGCCAUGCUGGAUAUCGUCAAAGCGCUGGGCUGGAACUACGUGUCCACGCUCGCCUCCGAGGGAAACUACGGAGAGAGCGGAGUGGAAGCCUUCAUGCAGAUCUCCAGAGAGGCCGGCGGGGUGUGUAUUGCUCAGUCGGUGAAGAUUCCCCGCGAGCCAACAGCCGGAGAGUUUGACAAAAUCAUCAAACGUCUUAUGGAGACGAGUAACGCCAGAGGAGUGAUCAUCUUCGCCAACGAGGACGACAUCAAGCGCGUCCUCCUGGCGGCGAAGCGGGCUAACCUGACGGGUCACUUCCUGUUUGUGGGGUCGGACAGCUGGGGAGCGAAGAGUUCACCAAUCACAGAGCUGGAGGACGUCGCCGAGGGCGCCGUGACCAUCCUGCCCAAACGGGUUUCAAUAGAGGGCUUCGAUCAGUACUUUGUGUCUCGUUCUCUGGAGAACAAUCGUAGGAACAUCUGGUUUAACGAGUUCUGGGAGGACGACUUCAGGUGUAAACUGACCCGACCUGGAAUCAAACUGGACCCCGACAAGAAGAAGUGUACAGGCGAGGAGAGGAUUGGCCGGGACUCGUCCUACGAGCAGGAGGGGAAGGUCCAGUUUGUGAUCGACGCUGUUUACGCCGUUGCUUACGCUCUACACAACAUGCACCUGGAUCUGUGUCCCGGCAGCUCCGGAGUCUGCAGCAACAUGGACCCCGUGGAGGGCCGCUUGCUGCUCGACUACAUCAGAGCCGUCAAAUUCAACGGGAGCGCAGGUACGAGCGUUUUGUUCAACGAGAACGGAGACGCUCCCGGUCGUUACGACAUCUUCCAAUUCCAGAUGACCAAUCACAGCCUUCCUGGUUACCAUGUCAUCGGCCAGUGGACCAAUAACCUGAAACUCAACCUGGAUGAGAUGCAGUGGUCUCGAGGAGAUCGAUCAGUUCCAGACUCCAUCUGUAGUUUCCCGUGUAGACCAGGAGAGAGGAAGAAGAUGGUGAAAGGAGUUCCCUGCUGCUGGCACUGCCUCCAUCGCCAUCCUAUCCUGCCCACCGUGGUGAUCACCUUCAUCCGCUUCAACGCACCUCGUCAGGGCGUGGUGGAAACUCAGUUCGUUCUGCUGACAGUCUCUGCAGGUAUCUUCCUGAUCUACCUGAUCACCUUCCUGAUGAUAGCGGAGCCCGGUGCGGUGGCGUGUGCGUUCCGGCGCCUCCUGCUGGGCCUCGGCAUGGCCAUCACCUACUCCGCCAUGUUGACCAAAACCAACCGCAUCUAUCGCAUCUUCGAGCAGGGCAAGAGGUCGGUGACGCCUCCCAAAUUCAUCAGCCCCACGUCGCAGCUCAUCAUCACCUGCAUCCUCAUCUCCGUCCAGGUCCUCGGUGUGUUUGUGUGGUUCGCCGUCGUCCCUCCUCACACCAUCAUCGACUACGAGGAGCUCCGCCCCCCGAACCCGGACCAGGCUCGAGGCAUCCUGAAAUGUGACAUGUCUGACCUGUCAAUCAUCUGCUGCCUCAGCUACAGCAUCGUACUCAUGGUAACGUGUACGGUGUACGCAGUGAAGAGUCGCGGCGUUCCGGAGACGUUUAACGAAGCGAAGCCGAUUGGAUUCACCAUGUACACCACCUGCAUCAUCUGGCUCGCCUUCGUACCGAUCUUCUUCGGCACCGCCCAGUCUUCGGACAAGAUGUUUAUCCAGACAGCCACUCUGACCGUCUCCAUGUCCCUCAGUGCGUUCGUCUCUCUCGGGAUGCUCUACCUGCCCAAGGUGUACGUCAUCAUCUUCCACCCCGAACAGAACGUCCAGAAGAGGAAGAGAAGCUUUAAGUCUGUUGCCGAAGCUGCCAGAGUGUCUCAAAAAUCGAAUGAGAAACAGAACGGAGAGACGAGGAUUGAACCUGACAGAUCGCAGUAAUACUGCAGAAACGCUACAAAUUACAGG